GCUGGAGAUGCUCUAAGAGGUGCAGUGAGAAUUGACCAAUGAUUUAGAGUGCAAUGUAGCAAGUAAGCUUGUGUUUUUUUUAAUUUUAACAAACGACCUUGUGGGUGGGGUAUGGCCAUUAAACACUUGCAAUUUGCAUAGCGUGGUUGAACAGCAGAGCAGAGCAGAGCGGCAGGCCGGGGGCAGACGAUGAAAUUGUUUGACGCACACUGUCACUUGCAAGACCCAAGAAUCUUUGACAAGGCACCCCAAUUGAUUGCAGCAGCCGUUGAUUCUGGCGUUGUUCGUUUUGCUGUUAAUGGAGUCUCUGAGAAAGAUUGGCAUUUGGUCAAGCAGAUUAGUGAGUCCUAUCCUUGCGUAAUUCCCUGCUUCGGUCUCCAUCCCUGGUAUGUUGCAGAGAGGACACCCAAUUGGCUCAACACUUUAAAACAAUUCUUCGAGGCUACUCCCUCUGCUGCAGUUGGAGAGAUUGGCUUGGACAAAGGUUCACAAGGGAAGAAGGUUGAUUUCACAGAUCAGGUUAAUGUAUUCAGGCAACAACUUGAAAUUGCAAAAAAGUUAAAAAGGCCAGCAUCCAUCCACUGUGUUCGUGCUUUUGGAGACCUUCUUCAGAUAAUGAAAUCUUUGGGUCCUUUUCCUGCUGGCGUCAUUCUUCAUUCUUACCUAGGUUCUGCUGAGAUGGUUCCUGAAUUUGCCAAUCUUGGUGCUUACUUUUCUUUCUCUGGAUUUCUUAUGUCCAUGAAAGUACACAAGGCAAAGAGGAUGCUGAAGAUGGUGCCUUCUGAAAGAAUUUUACUGGAGACAGAUGCACCUGAUGCAUUACCCAAGUCUGAGUUAGAUUCUGCGCAUCUGGUUGAAGGAGCUUCCCUCCCUGAAGAGCUUCAGACAAUAGAAAUUUCCUCAGCUCCAUUUGCUGGUGCAAGAGAUGUAUCAACAUUUCCAAAAGAAGCACUAAAUCACCCAGAAAAUAUUCACAAGGUACUCAUCUAUGUAGCAUCUUUGGUAGAGAUGACCAAAGAAGAACUCGCUGAAGUAACUUACCAAAAUGCAGUACGCUUAUUCUCUUACGAUACCUGUGGCGGGCAAUCUUAAACUAAGUGGGAGCCUAAGUAUACUGUGUACUCCACUCAAGUUCUUGCUUCAGAUAUGGAAAGGCCGUAUGGAUUUUUGUGACGGGCUAUAAUAACAAAAUCAUGGUCGGAGAUAGUGAGAGAGAUGGUGGUGAUGGUGGAGUAUUUGCUCCUUUAUUUUACCGGCCAUGCGAUUGAAGAGGUCCUUUGUUACAAAAUGAGAAAUACCUUGUAAUUUUAUGUAAAAAUUUGAGUAGCUGCUGAAUCUUUAUGUUGGUAA